GAGAGAACUACAAGACGGAGGGUUACGUGGUGACGCCCAACACCAUGGCUCUGCUGAAGCACCACCUGGCAAUCACGGGCGGGCAGGUGCGGACACGGUUCCCUCCUGAGCCCAAUGGCAUCCUACACAUUGGCCAUGCCAAGGCCAUCAACUUCAACUUUGGCUACGCCAAGGCCAAUGGCGGCGUGUGCUUCCUGCGGUACGAUGACACCAACCCCGAGAAGGAGGAGGAGAAGUACUUCACGGCCAUCCGGGAGAUGGUGGAGUGGCUGGGGUACCAGCCCUACGAAGUAACCCACGCGUCAGAUUACUUUGACCAGCUCUACACCUGGGCCCUGCAGCUCAUCUGCCGGGGCCAUGCAUACGUCUGCCAUCAGAAGGUCGAGGAGAUCAAGGGCCACAACCCACCGCCCUCGCCAUGGCGGGACCGGCCUGUGGAGGAGUCGCUCCUGCUCUUCGAGGACAUGCGAAAGGGCAAGUUUGGGGAAGGGGAGGCCACGCUGCGGAUGAAGCUGGUGAUGGAGGACGGGAAGAUGGACCCCGUCGCCUACCGCAUCAAGUUCACUCCACACCACCGCACCGGGGACAAGUGGUGCAUCUACCCCACGUACGACUACACGCACUGCCUCUGCGACUCCAUUGAGCACAUCACGCAUUCUCUUUGCACCAAGGAGUUCCAGGCCAGGCGCUCCUCCUACUUCUGGCUCUGCAAUGCACUCGAUGUCUACUGCCCUGUGCAGUGGGAGUACGGGCGCCUGAACCUGCUCUACACCGUCGUCUCCAAGAGGAAGAUCAUCCGGCUGGUGGAGACGGGCGCUGUAAGGGACUGGGAUGACCCGCGACUCUUCACGCUGACAGCUCUGCGUAGGCGAGGCUUCCCCCCUGAGGCCAUCAACAACUUCUGUGCCCGGGUAGGUGCCAGGGACAGGAUGNNNNCACACUUGCUGGAGGCGUGUGCACGCGAGGUGCUAAAUGAGCAGGCCCCCCGUUCCAUGGCUGUUCUGGAGCCCCUCAAGGUUACCAUCACCAACUUCCCUGACCCAAAGGCACUCGAGGUCAUUGUGCCCAACUUUCCAGCUGAUGAGAGCCGGGGUUUUCACAAAGUGCCCUUCCAGCCCACCAUCUACAUUGAGGAGACAGACUUCAGGGAGGAGGUGGAUAAGGGCUACAAGCGCCUGGCCCCCGGGCAGCCCGUGGGGCUGCGCCACGCCGGCUACGUCAUUGCCGUCCAGAACAUCAUUAAGGAUGCCAGCGGGCGCGUGAUCGAGCUGGAGGUGACCUGCACCAAGUCAGACGUGGCGGAGAAGCCCAAAGCCUUCAUCCACUGGGUGUCCGAGCCACUGGUGUGUGAAGUGCGGCUCUACGAGCGGCUGUUUUUGCACAAAAAUCCCGAGGACCCGUGUGAGGUGCCUGGUGGCUUUCUGAGUGACCUCAACCCUGACUCGCUGCGUGUUAUCAGCAACGCCCUGGUUGACGUCUCGGUCCUCUCCGCCCGGCCCUUUGACAAGUUCCAGUUUGAGCGGCUGGGCUACUUCUCG